CAUGUGUAGUAGUGCAUAGGUAAAUCUAUCACAUGAUCGCUCAGCGUCUCUGAGCAGAAGGCAGCAGCAGCAGCAGCAGGAGAAGCAGGAGCAGCAGGAGCAGGAGGAGCGGGGCUUCAUGUAAACACACCGCGCACAGGGCUUUGUUUCACACACACACACACACACACACACACACACUCGUCGCAGGCAUCCCCGUUCUUCUAGUCAUGCCAUGGAUAUUUUGUGGCAAUACCAGUUCAGGAUAAUUUUACUCGGGGACUCCACGGUGGGCAAGUCGUCGUUGCUGAAGCGCUUCACGGACGGAAUUUACAGCGAUGUGGCGGAUCCGACGGUCGGGGUAGAUUUUUAUGCCCGCUCGCUUGAUGUCGAGCCCGGGGUGAAAAUAAAGCUCCAGCUCUGGGACACUGCUGGCCAGGAACGAUUCAGGUCCAUCACGACAUCAUACUACCGUAACUCCGUGGGUGGGCUGCUCGUCUUCGAUCUCACCAACAGGAAGACCUUCGACCAUGUGAAGGAGUGGCACAAGGAGGUGAGUGAGCACAUCCUGCCUCACCACAUGGUCUACAUCCUCAUCGGCCACAAGAGCGACCUCAACAAAGACCGCAAGGUGAGCCGGGACGAGGCGGAGCAGCUGGCGGCCGAGCUCGGCAUCCGCUACGUGGAGACGUCGGCCAAGUGCAACAGCAACGUGGACCGAGCCUUCGAGCUGCUGACCAGGGACAUCUACGAGCUGAUGAAGAUGGGGGAGAUUGUCACCCGCGACGGAUGGGAUGGCGUGAAGAGCGGCCUCACUGCCAAGGUCCUCUACCCGGAGGACGAAGAGGAGCUGGCCGCCGCGACGGCUGAAAAGGGCUGCCACUGCUGACUUAGAACUCUCUGAGUCCAAACACUGUCUUCUUGUCACACCAAGAGCUCACCUCGUCUCACAGCCGUCCAUCCAAACCAAGUCUCUCAGGCUUAGCACCCUGAAAUCACCAUCCAUCACCCCCUCACCUUGUGCUCCGUGCCCUUUCUGUGUUCAGGUUCUUAUGACAACUGGAGUUUUAUCUAAGACGAGGGUUGUACACCCCGAUGUGUAUCUUUUAGGCAAGUUGUAUCUCUAAAUCCACAUGGUGUAGCAUGAAACAGCCUGUUUGAGACCAUAGGUUCAGAAAGCUGUAUGUGGCCAAUACUCCUUUACACAGCCCGUGGGGUUAAUGGACUUCUGAGCAUACUGAAGGUACAGAGAAAUCAAUGGACUGAGCCGUCCUGUUGUCUGGCAUCUAUUGUGGGUUUCUACCUGUCAAAGUGGUGUGCGAUGCUUUUCCUGCAAUCGUUUGUGACUGUAAAACUGUAAAUAAUAGUGAAAUCUAUAGAGAUAAAAGCUGAAAGGUCACAGAAAAGUUAUUUAAAUGAUGAUGUGAACAGACACAGUGCACUAUUCAAUACGUGUCACCAUGUUAAUCAAUGUGCUACUGUAAGCUGUAUGUGCACUGACGCCAAACUGACUGCGAUCAUUCUGCGAAUAGAUGAUUCAUGUUUUCGUAAAGAAUAUAGAUAAUUCUAGUUUAGGUGUAUACACAGAAAUAGGCCAUUGUUAUGAAGGUAGACAGUCCAGUCUAGGUCAUUGUGUGAUAGCAUCAACAGGAGCAAGACAUCCAGCGUGUCAGCCGUCGAUCAGUCUGAAUUUCACCUUGCAGCUGUUUGUGUCUUAGACAAACAGCAGCGUCUUUUGUUCUCAAUUCACAAAAGUAAUAUUCCAUUCAGACCUGAGCUGAUGCCAACUCAUUAAAUCCAGUCGUGUAGAUAUGUGCUGCUUUGGUGGGCCUCUCUUUUAUGCUGUGUUCAAGAAUGUCAGUAGAAAAAAAAAAAACUCGGAGUUUUAAUUCAGCAGGAAGGCAGGCUUUCAAGUGCAAAAUCAUGCAAAAGCUAUGAAGUAUUUAUUUUACAGUCCUUCAAAUCCACUAGAGUCUCAGCAGACCAGUGCUUUGAAGCUCAGCACCCGGGAUUAGGUUUUUGGGUGUGUCACAUGUCAUCGCCCCCUCUCAUUAGUGCCUCCUGUUGCACAUUUCUGCCUGACAAAAGUGCUUGUUUUGAUCUCUAAAGAAAAGUCAGACAUUUGAGGGGAACAAGCCUUUUUGCUUGCUUCUGAAGAGUUAGAUGAGAAAUUUGUGACCGCCCCUAAAGCUAGAGGUAAUAAAGACGCCUUAGCAUUAAGACUAAAAGCUGGGGUAAACUGCAAGUCUGACUCCCUCCAUAGAUUAGAAAUGCACCCAACUGCAAGCUAGUAGUAUUAUUUGAUUCUGCAUAUUUACAUUUUUCCCUGUAAAAAAAACAAAAAAACAGCACAGCAUUGAGGACAGUGGGUAUUGAUUUGGUUUAUUGUAUCCUACAGUGCUGAAGUGUGUUUUCUGCUCACAUCUCCUGCUUAUUUUUAUCUUUUUUUGCCGUCCAAUAUGUGAAUGUUCUGAUUGGAAAUCUUGAAAAUAGUUCUAAAAAAGGGGCGGGAUGUUAAAUUGGUUAGCACACACAGGAGGGGAUGCUUAACUGCUAACUCGCGCACAGUCCGUAGUUUGCAGAAUAUAAAAUUAGUGAUUGCCCAAACAGUGCAGGAUAAGUCAUAAUCAUUUUAAUGUCCCAACAUGCUGUUAAAAACCACUUACAGGACAACUUUCUUGACAUUGCCGAGCCAGAUGCUUGAAAUUAACCGGUGGCCAAUGCAAGAAAUAUUUGAUUAAACAAUCUAAACAUCUGUUUUGAUUUUAUUGAAGCUUUAAAAUGCUGAAAUAUUCACUUUGCACUGCGUCUGGCUAGCUGCUUCCAGCCUGGCAAAGCUUUGCUCUUCCUCCGCCGUGUCAAGCUCCACCUUUAACGCACGAUUAUGAGAGUGCUUUUACCUAAAUAUUAUGAACAAGGGUUGUUGCUGAGAUGUUAAACUUUAUUCUAAGGCUGUCAAAACUCUAUCCAGGAUAUUAAUUUGCGUAUAAUAAAUUGAUAAAGAACACUUGAUGAAAAAAAUGCCAUUGACUUCAGUUUUUACAUGGGUGAGGUUAUUUUUGAGAUUCUAAUAUCAGCUGUAAUGGAGCCUGUGAGGUUGAGUCUCAAACCUACAGCAGUUGUUCUACCUCUGACACAGAGGAUUUCAAGUCUCUGGAGGCUUUUGACUUGAGACACCGGUAAUCUGUUGUUUACAGUACGCUAAAGUUCACGUUGCAAGGGAACCCACUUCCUGUCACAUUGCUUAUAUUCACCUUUCACCAGCAUCUCAUGAAAAAAAAAAAAAAACAAGUUCACACACAAGUCAACAGCAAGAGAUUAUGCAUUUACAUUUUUACUUUUUCAUUCAUGUGACCAGACUGACAUUUUCCUUGAGCUGAUUGGCUAUUUAGGUGAUCCACAGGAUGUACUGUACAGUAUUGCUGCUUUGUAUUUGAUAAGGAAUGUAUUCUUAUACAUUUGCACCAUCCCUUUAUUCUUACUUUUCAGUGUAGAUUCAAACUUAAUGCUUCCUGUUAAAGCUAGGUUUACUCAUUUUAUACAACAACAAAUAGCCUACACUCAAUGUUUUCUGUUUGUCUGACAAUCAGAUGUUAACAUUUCGUUUCCUUAACACAGGAGUGCUCUAAUCGGCCUCGCUAAAUGUAAUGUUCAAAAUCGCCAUUCUAAUCGUUCAUCAAGUCCAACUGUGUUACUACUAAGACUGCCUUUCGGCUCUCAUCUAAACAGGGUUAACUUGUAUAUUGUUUGAAUAUGUGCGUCAUCGCUGUGCUGUUUGCAAACUGUUCUCCAGUGAGCAUGAUUUCCAUUCCUCAGCGCUGCCUGCACACCGGAGGGGCUUGUUGCAGCACACAGCCUGAAGAUGGAGGACCGCUGGAAAUCCAAUUUUAAGGACAACACGAAAAGACAGCAAGAUAUUGUUUUUUUUAAUGACUGACUCUAUGAGAGGAAAUAUUAUAACUCGGCGUCUAUACCAUACCUAGAUGCCUGUAUAUCCACCAGUGUUAAGCAGUUGAUGAAUUUAAACAACAUCUCACAGCAGCGUUUUUUUUUUUUAUUCUUACAGACUAUAAUCCUGCAAACAGAAACCAUCCUGUGUAAUGAUGAUACAAAUUCAUGGCCUUUAUCCAACAUCUUGCUUACUGAAGUAGUUCAAUAUUUUUGAAAUGCACCUUUUUUUUUUUUUUGGUUUGAUGAAAGAAUUGGAUCAGAAUAAAAAAAAUGAAAAUAGAAUUUCUAACUACAAAACUGGAGCCAGGAUGCAACUGUCCUUAGGUUAAAGACUGGAAGGAGCGGGAAUCUUCUUUUGAGAUCCACUUUGCUCUUACCUUUGAUAUUAAAGGAGUAGUUCAACAUUUGUAAAAUUGACACCAUUCUCAAGUGAAGUACAGAACUGGAGCCAGGAAGCCAUUAGCCUAGCUUAGCGUUAAGACUGCGAGAGAGAAAGGGAAAAACGCAAACCUGGUUCCACGUUGAUUUCAAAAUAGCAACACCUGUUAAAUUUGCAAUUUCCGAUGUAUCCUUUUUGUUCAAAACAAGCAAAGUAAAGACCAGGUUGCUUCAUGUCACAUGCUGGAAUAAUUUAUUGAUGACUCACUGAGGGGUGCAGUGACACCCACAGUGAGGUGUGAAUUUGUUAAGAAGGAAAAAUAAACCCUGUGCUGUUCAACAGCAUAGUGCGGGAUUCUGCACAGAAGAGGGGAGUUAUGAUGUAUUGUUGUCAGAAAAAAAAUGUCCUCAGCAAACACCCCUUAAAGUCACAAGUCUGUUUUUACAUUUCUGUAUGUCUGUACACAUCAAAGAAACAAAAUGCACUGCGUUAUCAGCAUGCUUAGGAGUGUUUUGGACAUUUAAAAAGUACAACGGACAGAAUCAGAUACCUCCUUUUAGCCUCAAUGCUAGCUUGGUUAACAUUGAAAGCAGAUCUUACAUUUUCCAAAGUGUUGAACUAUGCCUUUAGUGGUUUUUUAUAUUAUUAUUAUUUAGAAUGAAAUCAAACUAAUCCACUAAUAAUGCUCCUGUUCAAGGUUACAAAUGCAGAUGUAAGGCCUGCAUGACAGUGCAUAGCACAAAACCAUUCAGCCCCUGAUCCCCAUGGCCACAUCUCACAGCUUUAUUGAAUAAAUGUUAUUUAUUUUAGAUAUUA